GUGCAUAUGUAGAUUCAUAUGUGUGUACAAUGUACAUAGUGUACAUAGUAUAUACACGUGUGGUUUAACAUCUUACGAUAUAUCGUCGAUACAUAUUAGUUGAUUGUUAAAUAAUAUAUAUUUUCGGUUAUGGCAUCUUUAAAUUUUGAUUUAAAAGAGAGACUAGAUAUCUGUUUCAACGAUACGACGACUUUGGAUCCACUAUGCAAAAGUAUAUCCUCGGAAAUUGAAUCAGGUUCUAUGAAACUUGGCACGUUUGUAGAAACAUUAGGCUCCUACAUGACAGACCAAAAUGUUCUUACAAGAGAAAAAGGGGUUACAAUUCUUUCUUCUGUCUUGUCACAGAUAUCCCAAGAUUAUCUUACUGAAUCUGAAUUGUAUUUUAUUACAAUAUUUUAUUGCGAUAGGAUAAAGGAUCAUUAUAAUAUCAUACCAUCUGUAUUAAAUGGCAUUCUAGCACUUGUAAACAUGAAUCGGUUGCCUCAAGGUGCACCAUUGUCGCUAUUAAGAGUUAUGUUUGAGCAUGUUCAGUGUCAAUCUCUGCCAUUAUCGGAACGUCGCAAAAUAUAUAUAAUAUUCAAAAUUUUGAUAGAAAACAAAAUAGAUGAUUUGAUAUCCAUGGGAUCCGAUUUAGUUUAUGGCAUUAUUAAUUCUAUCGAUGGUGAAAGAGAUCCAAACAAUCUCGUGUUAUUAUUUAAUGUACUACCACAUUUUAUAAAAAAAUUCCCACUGGAACAUUUAACUGAAGAAAUGUUUGAGGUUAUGGCAUGUUACUUCCCAGUUGAUUUCAAUCCUUCUGGCAGCGAAGAUUUAAAUGUGACACGGGAAGAUUUGGCAAAAAGAUUGGCUCCUUGCUUAUGCGUUAUUCCAGAGUUUGCAGAUUAUUGUAUUCCUCUUAUAAUUGACAAAUUAUAUUCCACCCAUAGAAUUGCUAAACUUGACUCCUUAAAUCUAUUGCGCGAAGGUGUUCAAACAUUUGAGCUGUUAAAAGUGAAAUCUCAUCUAUCGGAACUAUGGACAAUUUUAAAAAAAGAAAUUAUGUCAGAAAAGGACGUCGAAAUAAAAGAUGCUGCUUUAGAAGCAAUAACAUCAUUAAUUAAAAUUAUAUCAGUCGACGAAGCUGUUUGCAAAAAUUUCAUCAAUCAAGUAAUCACCGAUAUAAAAUUUUCCCUAUCCGAUGUACAGCUUAGUUUAUAUAGAUCUGCUCAGAGAUUAUUGGAGACAAUAGCAGUAAUUAGUAAAACAGUAUGCGUACAAAUCUUGCAAAUUGUAAUACCCUUAUGUAUCGGUCAAUAUUCUACAAAAAAUUCAUCAAAUGAUAAAAUUGCAUUGAUAGAAACUUUAAAUAAUUUUGUGAAAAUUUGUUCCCAUCAUGGCUUUUGCAUUCAAGAUGUUUCAGAAUUAGCAUGGACAAAUAUACUUCAAAUAUAUUUAGAUGGCUCGGUGGUAGAAAAUACAGAGUUGAAAAGCAGAAUAUUUGUUGGCUUAAUGAUUCAAAAGGCUUAUCUAAACGAUGUACAACGCACUGUUUUCUAUAAUGUGAUAUGCAAUGAAAUUGAAGCAGGCUGCGAUGAAAUACAGAUUAUAUGUCAUACAGCUAUUAUAGAUUUUGCUACAAUGUAUCUUCAAGAAAUAUUGUUGCUAAUUAAAGACAGAUUAUUAUCAAAAACAGAUGAAACGAGAGUAGAAAUACUGAAACGUAGGAUAAAAGCUUUGACAGCGGUAGCAAAAAUAUAUGAAUUAGGUUGUGCGAUUCUCCCGCAAAUUGUUACAAUGUCAACAAGUAAUAUUGAUAAUGACAUAUGCAUUACAGCUUUACUGAAUAUCCAGAAACUAAUCGCUUCUAAGAAAUCCGAUUUCAAUAUACACCGAUUUCUAUAUAACGAAUGCCAUAUUAUUGAUAAAUUAAUUUUGUACAAGACAAAUGUGAUUGAUCAUAAAAUGUUGAUUUCUAAUAUUUGUCAAUUAAUUAUGCGAAAUCUUACAAUCGAAGAACAAUGCGCAAUUCUAGCAAAGUACGCUGUAGCUUUAAAUACAAAAAUUUUGGAAACUGACGUGACCAUCAUAAUAAUGAAUCUUUUCAUUCCUUUGCGGAAAGAUAUCAAUUUGAAUAUAAGUAAUGAUAUGGUGGAAAAUUUAUAUAAUCUAGCAAUCGGUAAUCGCAAUCUGGAUAUAAAACAAACAAGCUGUAAAUUUUUAUCUGUUUUAUUAAACAAAAUGGAGAUGGCAGAUCUUAAUCGAAUUGUACCUUAUCUCGAAGACAAGAUAGAUAAUAAUUUAAAAACGGAUAAUGAUAUCGAACUAAGGCAGGAUACAAUUAACAUUCAAAUUUGGAUAACUAAAGCAUUUGUUAUGAGAGGAUACAGCAAGUCUCAAUAUUUCUUGAAGAAUCUUACGCAUCUACUAACUCACGACGAAAUGGGUCAAUUUGUAAGCGAACAAUAUCAAAUAUUAGUAAGUAAAUACGAAGAUGCCUUAAUAGAGGAAAAUUUUUGCGAUAUAAAAAUUUUUUAUAAACAAAGAGUAUUUGAAUAUUUGUUGCAACAAGCUAUUAAUUUUACGAGAUCAAGUAGGCAGAAUUAUUUUGUCGCUUUGGUACAUUUAUUGGAACAAAUGCCUGAAGAAUUAUUACUUUUGCAUUUGACCGAGUUGGUGCCAUUGUUGAUUGAAUCUCUAACUUUAAGCAAUGAGCAUUUAAUUUUCCGGACUUUAAUAUCGCUUAAACUUUUACUCGACACAAAACACGACAUAUUUUUGGACAAUGUACAAUGUGUCAUACCAAAACUUGUGCAAUUGUCAAUACAUCGAAUCAUGGAUGUUAGAAUCGCGGCUCUGGAAUGUUUGGCGCAUUAUGCCUGUUAUCCCUCAGUUUUGAUCAAUCCAUACAAGCAAGUUGUAUUAGACAAAUUGGGGAUAGUAGUCGAUGAUCGCAAACGUUUAGUCAGGAGAGCUGCUGUGGAAGCGAGAAUACGAUGGUUUAUAGCAGAUGCAUCUGAAUCCAAAGAAUGAAUAUUGCAGAAUUUUACAUAUAAAUUCUAAUCAUCUAAUAUGACAAUAUAUAAUCUAUAUUACAUAUAGAUUUCAUAUUUUUCGCCUUAUUUUAUAUAUUUUGAAAAAUGUAAAUUUCUUACUGUUAAAUUGUCAAUAUACAGGCGAGUGAUGUUUAUAGAUUGGUA